CAGGAGCUUUUAACUACCUCCUAAAUACUCCAUUCCCCCGCAACCAAGUGUUUUCUCCUCGAAUAUGUGGGAUGCUACUCAAGGUAACAACUAAGGCUGGCACUUUGACUACGAUGAUACUGAUAUAGGCCUAAGAUGAAUAGCGAACCACUAUGGAAGAGUGCCGACGACAUUAUAAACCAACUUCGGAGCGAAAUUAUCGCAUGACGAGCUCGGUAAUGACACCAUGAUGAGGCCAAGAUAACCCAACCCGGGGAAGGGGGAGCGUUGAAAAUUUCUUUCAAAAAUAAGAUGAUAACUAGUUGUAGAGUGCAUUGCUUAUAUUGCAUGAUCUAACUAGCUGUGUGCUCGAAUCAAUCAUGUAAACUAGUUAACUGGUUGAAUUUCCUCUUGGCUUCCCCUGAUCCUGACGCCCUCAAGCGCAUCAUUUGCCAUGCUCUUGAAGUGACUCAUUAUCCAAUCUAGAUUUCAUGGUGGAUAUUAUUACUCUCAUAGGCGUAUAGCCAGAGGUAGGGGUGAGCUGUUCUGGAUCUUAAGUUGGGACACCCAACUUGUCCUCUUCGACAGCAGUCUUGACCAGUUACCUGUUUAAUCAUUUGCGCGCCGAAGCGCUGCCAAGCAUUUCCAGGCCCAGUUAACUAGUUAGUUAACCAACCAGUUGGCUGCCAAGUUAGUUACCCAAACGAAUUUUACUUAUGACCAAUGCGCUCCUCUCUAUGGAGUAGAUGGAUUUUUAUUUUUCGGUUCUCUACAGUCUAGGUUAUAUAGGCCUCGAUGAUGCUGAUAAUGCACCCGAGCUUGCUGGCUAGGUUUUGCGUGCGACCGUAUAUUCCAACUGGAUUUUGUUUACCCGAAGCCUUUGCCCUCAACCGCCUUUCAGGCCGAUGCAGAAUGUCAACCUUCAAGGAGCCGCUUACACCUGGGAUGCAGCUGACGAGCGACUCCGGGAGCGUCUAUAGAAUCGAAGAAACGCUGCGCGAACGAAGGAGGCCUCUACUCUGCGUCUAUCGUGCUAGCUCUGGAGGGAAAAAUAUGUCCUCAAGAACAUGAUACCAGGCGAAUUCGAGUAUCAGCUAGACCUGCAGAGACGAUUCUCGGCCCACCCAAAUAUACGGGCAGUCACUGACACGAUCCAACCUCUUGAGAUGUUUAUAUACCCCUACUUGACUGGAGACCUACAGCACCUGAGCCCCAAACUACGGUCGAAGAGAACGAAGGUUGAAGUUCUUCGGAGUGCCUUGCAGGGACUCUGUGACAUGCACAAGGAAAACAUUUCCCAUAACGACAUCAAGGCCGACAACGUGCUAAUAGAGUAUGAAGAAGCAGAAGCAGGAGAAGAGACGGUAAACAUCAACAGCGUUCAAAUAUCCGACCUUGAAGACACUGUCCUCCUGCCGGCUGGGAAAUGGAUUAAGGGAACUUUAUGCGGGAAUGCAAUCUGGAGAAGCCCGGAGAGCUGGUGCCGGGCCCGCCAGAACAUCAGCUCGGACAUCUUCUCCUUUGGAAUUGUGAUGAUAUAUGUCAUGACAGGCAAGAUGGUCUUCCACGUUGGCUGGGACAAGCUCGACGCAGAAGACGCCUGGAGACACGUCCUGAGCCGACACAUCUCCUACUUUGCAGACGAAGAAGGAUUCAAUGGACUGCUGAAGCACAUCCAGAAGGAGAACCCGUUCUUUGAGCGCCUGGUGAGCCUGGCCGAGAGUGUUCCCCGACAACCCUUUGAGGCCUGGGGAAGUGUCGAGCCCGAACUGAAAAACUUGGUAGGCAAGAUGACCUGCCUGGAUCCAUCGAGGAGAAUCACUGCGGCAGAGGCGCUGGAGCAUCCCUGGUUCAAAUCGGCCUGGAUGAAAGGAUGAAAGGGAUGUAACUAUGUGACUGGCGGCGCUGUGCCAUGAUCCAUCCUCACCCUUUGAUGUACCAUUAUUAAAUUAUUAGUUGGAGAAUCUCAAAUCUUUCUCACAGAGACGUCCACUAUUAUUAUUAGGUAUUGCUUGCUUACCCGCAGCUCCAUCCGUUUGACCGUCGUCGCUUGA